AUGGGCCGAUCUGCACUACAAGAAGCGCCUGCUCGGAACCGCCUACAAAUCCUCCCCAUUCGGUGCUCAUCGCACGCCAAGGGCAUUGUGCUUGAAAAGGUCGGCGUCGAGGCCAAGCAGCCCAACUCGGCCAUUCGAAAGUGUGUCAGAGUGCAGUUGAUCAAGAACGGAAAGAAGGUCACAGCUUUCGUGCCAAAUGACGGUUGCCUGAACUUCGUCGACGAGAACGAUGAAGUCCUCCUCGCUGGUUUCGGUCGCAAGGGCAAGGCCAAGGGUGAUAUUCCCGGUGUGCGGUUCAAGGUCGUCAAGGUUUCCGGUGUCGGUCUGAGUGCUUUGUGGAAGGAGAAGAAGGAGAAGCCUCGGUCAUAA